CGGCCGUGGAUGAUUGUCUGCGCUUUGGCCUGAUUCAACGUAAACCAGUUUUGUUUACUCGCGAACCACCUUCGUAUGGUCUUCUAAAAGAGGUAGCAAAGUUUCUACCGGAGGCAAAAGAAGUUUUAAAACGCGUUCAAGAGCUAGAUGAAGUAGAAAGUGGUGUUGGUGGAUAUGGGAACGCAUUCAGCUCCUCUUCGACCAAUCAUCUCGACUUUGCCAGACGAGGUUCGCUGCGUGGUUCGGGAGGCAUCCAUCGGUGUACAUGGAUUCGCGUUGCUCUCUUCCAAAAGACCCUGGGAAAAAUAGCGGAUUACUUAGUGCACAACGCCUUAACUUAUUACGAACGCGUUUCAAUCCUCGCGCACCCCUUCGACGGUCAACUCUUCGCCGACUUGCUUCGCUGUGUUCCGUACAAUCUGACAUUUGAGGGCGAAUGUAUAGAGAUUUGUGAAGGGCAAAUUUGUCUGCUUAUGCCUUCAUAUUUGCCAAAGACCAUUGAAAUCUGCCUUCAAUAUAAAUUUCUUGACUGUUCAUGGGUUGUUAAUUUAAUAGGUGGCCCGUGCACUCAUGAAUACACUCACAUUCGUACAAGCGACCACCUUUGGACUGACCCUUCGGCGGGCGAGUUGAUGCAGCGGAAGAUGAUCUAUUGCGCUGGCGUCCACAAUGAGCACCCCGUUCACACCGACUUUCAGAUUAAUAAAUUCGAGAGUGUGGGAACGCCUCAUCAGAGCAAAAAAAGACUACGUCCGCGUCUCUCACUUGACUCGGGCAUCGGUGUUCCAUCAUCUAUCACCUCAAGCCAUCAGCAGUCCACUGGCGGAGGAGGCGGCGGCGGCUUCUUCCUACACACUGGCACUGAUCCGAUCUCUCCCGCGUCCCUGCUUUACCAAGUGUACUCUCCUUCUACAAGCGACUCGGGGGGAAGUUGGACAAAUGAGGCUGCUGGCACUGAGAGGUGUGCUGAAGAAAAGUUUUCCUUCGAUGGCUCCUCCAUCGACGAGGAGCCACAGUACCCUGACAACCAUGAUCAUCAUCAUUCGCAUGCCAGUUUUUGCUCUGAAGUUUUGGUUCAAAAGCUCACUCAGGCUAAAGACUACGUCGAAUCCCUUCACCAAAAUGAGAGGGCUCCUCUUGUCUAUGGAAAGAACAAUGUUAUCGUCCAACCUAACAUGAGCUCUACAAGGAUUUCGGGCUACCUUUCGGUCCACAAGUCGGGCACCGACAAACUCCCCGGUCUUCAACUGAAAUGGGCGCCCAAUCGGGCCAUGUCUAUGCCUCAAGGGGGCGAGGAAGCCAACAAGAACGUGCUGGCGCGUGGCGGUGCACGCUCUCACAGGAAUGCUGAUGAAGGAACAAAGUCAAUCCUUCACGAAUCGUGCGUGAACUAUUGGGAUUUCGCUCUGGACAUUGACUUCACAACAGUUGUGUACAUUCAUUGCCAUCGACAUCAUUUCGACGGUGAUGGCGGAUCCGUGGUGCUGGUGCGAACGGACGGCGUCCUCUAUCCUCCCCUGAUAUUUCCUGCUUUUUCGCAGGUCACGUCGUUCAUGCAGUGCCUCGAGACCCACUUGGCCCCCGGGGCUACUUUGACUCCGCGAAUUGAAGACUUCGACUGGGAUGACAGUUCCGACAAUUUAAAGGACAUCUCUCCGAAGUCUGCCUUCAGUGAUGGAAAAUUUGAGAUUGAGACAGCUUCCUCUUCGGAAUUGACAUCAUCCCCGUCGAGUACAUUGCCGACCCACUUCUGUUUCCGCAUCGACACAGUUCGCCUUCCUCCCACAACCAAACAGGAGAGUGCUUUUCGCUUGUUCGCGUCACUAAGAGGCAGUGCACGCCUGAAGACACUCUCCAUGGAAAACUUGGCUGCCUCAGAUGCGGUCGAUAAGCCACCUCCCCCCGUAGAUCCCCCUCAAAAGUCCCCCAUAAGCGCAUUGGAUGCGUUCUCAAAUACCUUCAACACCAUGCAGCAUCAGAUUCUCGCUCGUGUUUUUUAUGGGUGGUUGACUUACACCCGUUCCAUCAUCCUUAUUCGAAAUAAGCUCCACACUUUGGUUUACCCGAGGUGCAUAAUGCCGAAACCGCCACCCAUCGAUCCCAAACCCCUGACGGCCGAAUUCUGGCAAAAAGUACGAUCCUCUGGAGGCAAGGUGAGCAGCCUAUGGCACCUGGUGACCGGUCUGCUCCGUGGCGUCGGGGUCACCGCUCACAUCCGAGAGUUGUACGAACGCAUUUAUUUCGGUGGCUGCGACCCAGAUUUGCGUCGAGAGGUGUGGCCGUUUCUUCUUGGCCACUACCCCUGGUCCGCGAGUCCGGCAGAAAUCGAAGACAUCGAUAGGCGGACACACCUGGCCUACGAACGUUCUGUAUCUGAAUGGCUGGCCGCGGAGGCCAUCAUAAUACAACAGCAUCGGCUGCAACGUCACCGAAACGAGACUGAAGCCCAAAAGGCGACGAACCUCUCGUCGUUCGUGCACCCCGAUCAUCGGCCUGCCACGAAGUCGCGCGCCUCAUCCGCCCACCAUGGAUUUAUCGGUCCUGAAAAACAAACUGUUGAAGAGUACCUAAGCUCACUGCCUUAUUUUUUUCCUAUGUACAUCGUCACACUCUUAGCCAACGGACUCCCUCCUUUACCGUCAAAGCCCGCAGUUAAACGCCUAGUUCUGAAGAGCGAGGCCGGAUGUGGUGGUCGAAGCUCUGUCGAUAUGACUGAUGAAGGAACAGAGGACUACACACUAACUACAACUGAUGAUGACGAUGCUGUCGAAGUCGCGACCACAAUGACCCUCCAAAGACGGCUGGCGAUCGCUCGUGCACACUCCUGUCCGAAUACCCCCCGAACUCCGAAUGCUGGGUCCGCGCUAAUUCGGGGCAGCAUGUCGUCAGCCAUAACCCAAUCAACUGAUAAAGAUUUCGAGGACGUUUUUGAGCCCACUAAUUUUCCUGCUAAUCGAUCCAACGGUCAAGUAUUGCCGCCUGCGAGAGAACGAAAGCGUAGCCGUUAUUCGCGUGCCGAGAUUUCUGGUUCUAGCUACUCGGUACGUGCUGUCCCCGAUUACAGUGUUUGUCUGCUUGCACGGUCAUGUAUUUUUGGCGAUGAUGCAAAAACUUCAUCUGACCAAGCAGGCGGUUUAUGCGUAGCCAGUCUCGACCUAUCGUCCAAUCUCUACCGCCUGCGGACCAUAAUGUGUACUUGGAUUUGGCAGCACAUGGAGACGGGCUAUGUGCAGGGCAUGUGCGACCUACUGGCUCCUCUCCUUGUUGUUCUGGAUGACGAAGCCCUCGCCCACGCCUGUUUCUCCCAGCUCAUGACGACGAUGCUCGCCAACUUCCCCCUCCCCUCUUCGUCUUCUAUCUUGAGCAGCGGGUCUGCUGCGGCGGCGGGCGUUGUUCUCCCUCACCUCCUCGAACCCGUGGUUUUUGAGCGAGCCCCAAACCAUUGCUACGAGUUUACGCGCCCUAUGACACAGCAGCAGUUAUCAUUGCGGGAAAGCCACGACGCAAUAAAUGGAGAAACGUCUGUACCACUCACCGAUCUCGCUUCAAUUGGAAGCAGUCGCAUCAGCAGACAAUUCCAGAGCCUCCGCAGUCUGAUUGAGGUUCUGGAUCCCGUCCUCGCGGAGCACAUGCACUUAAACGAAGACAAUUCACAUCUCUACUUCUAUCGGUGGCUUCUACUGGACUUCAAGCGAGGCAAAUUAUAACUUAAGUACGCCGACGUAUUCCUUGCCUGGGAAACAAUUUGGACCUCACACCGAUUAGUCUGUCCGGAUUUCGGUGUUUUCAUUGCAUUUGCUAUGAUUCAAUAUUAUCGAGAUAUUAUUCUCUUCUACUGUUCCGACUACACAGACAUUAUACGAUUUUACAACGGUAAGCCUUCUGUUAAACUCAGAACUCAUAAUAAUCUCG